AUGGCGCACUACACGUCCGACCCCGAGAGCUUCCCCGAGCCGGUGGACCUCUCGCACCACCUGUCGCGCAGCACAAAGGCGCGCGAGGCGUCGAGUGUCAAGCGCUUCUACCAGUACUUUUCCAUCCCGGGCAUCGCCCAACUGGCUGGCGGCCUGCCCAACGACAAAUACUUCCCCUACGACACGCUCGAAGCAAAGGUCGCGCACCCAAGCCGAUGGGAGCCCACCCCCAACAAGCCCGUCGACCCGCCCGCCGACGACCCGCCCACCGCCCGCCUCGCGGAACGCAGCCUCGCGAGCGGCAGAGGCAAGGGCAAGCAUGACGAGCCGCCAGCCGCGCGCCUGCUCGUGCCGCACGACUCGCACACGCCAGACCCGCGGCACAAGAUCGACUUGAUGUCGGCGCUGCAGUACGGACAGGCCCAGGGCUACCCGCCGCUCUACUCCUUCAUCCGCCACUUCACCCGCGAGAACCUGCACCCGUUCAUCCCAUACAAGAACGGCCCUGAAGUCAUCCUGACCUGCGGCGCCACCGAUGGCCUCUCCAAGACGAUCCAGGCCCUCAGCAACGAGUGGUCCGCAGAGCACGACCCCGCCCGCGGCUUCAACAUUGCGCCCGUCAAGAUCGACGACGAGGGCAUGCUGGCCAAGGGGCCCGGGGGUCUCGCCGACGUCAUGGAGAACUGGGACCUGUCCAGAGGCCGACGCCCACACCUCCUGUACACGGUCACCAUUGGCCAGAACCCCACAUCCGGCACCCUCUCCGUCGCACGCCGCACCGACAUCUACGCCGUCUGCGUCAAGUACGACAUCGUCAUCAUCGAGGACGACCCAUACUGGUACCUGCAGUUCCCCUCGUCCUCGCCCGGCGUCGUCGCCGCCAAGCCAAACAAGUCUUCCGGCUUCGCCUUCCUCGACAGCCUGAUCCCCUCGUACCUCAGCGUCGACUACCAAGGCCGCGUCGUGCGUCUCGACACCUUCUCCAAGACGGUGGCCCCAGGCUGCCGUCUCGGCUGGAUCACCACGCAGCCUGCCCUCGCCGAGCGUCUUCUGCGCAUCACCGAAUCCUCCACCCAGCAGCCCUCGGGCUUCGUCCAGGCCAUGGUCGCAGAGCUCCUCAUCGGGCCCAACAACGCACACGACCCAGGCCGCGGCGGCGCUGCAGACGGCAGCGGCUGGAAGGUGGACGGCUGGGUGCGCUGGCUCGAGGGCCUGCGCGGCAACUACGAGCGGCGCAUGCAGACCAUGUGCGACGCGCUGGACGCGGGCAAGGAGAUUGUCAAAGCCGGGCGCCGCAAGUCGCUCACCUCCGUCGCCGACUCGGACGACGAGUGGGCCGUCGUCGAGAAGACGCAGAUCUACUCGUUCGUCCGCCCCCUUGGCGGCAUGUUCGUCUGGGUCCGCUUCGAUUUCACCACCCACCCGCUCGCCGACGACGUCGCCCACGCCCGCCUCUCGCAAGCCUUCUGGGUCUUCUUGACCCAGAAACCCUAUCUGUGUCUCGUCGCGCCGGGCAGCAUGUUUGCGCCCUCGCAGGAGAUUCGCGAAAAGGACGCGUACAACUGCAUGCGCCUGUGCUUUGCCGCGUGUCCCGCCGAAGACGUCAAGCCCAUCAGCAAGCGCUUUGCCGACGGCGCGCAGGCCUUCUGGCGCAUCAAGAAGAAGACCACCAUCGACAAGCUGCUCGAGGAGGACGAGGCUGCGGGCUUUGAUCACGUCGCGGGUAUGGCUGUGUUGACGGGCAUGUGCUAG